CCAGCGAGCGCUGCCGCGCUGCCGCCACCAGCCGCCACCAUCCGCCCAGCCGCAGUAGGCGGCCAUGCUGCGGGGUGGAGGGUCGGGCUACUCUCCCGUCUCACUGGUGGACCCCGAGGACGACUAUGGCACGAUGGUGUGCGGCGCGCGUCGGGACAUGUUGAGGCGGUGCUUGGCCUCCCCAGCCUCCCCUCGCCGGACCUGCCGGACUUGGUGACCACCAACAGCGAGACAGAAUGUCGGGCGGCGCGCGCAACGGCGCCUCCAGCCACAGCCUCGAGAUGGCCAACAGCAACCAGGAGCUGGUGACGCGAGCGAACAAGGCGCGGCGAUGGAAGAUCCUGGGGCUGCUGAUCGCCGCCGGGAUCACGGCGGCCGUGCUGACCACGGUCCUGGUGCUCGUGCUGCGCAAGGCCCCCGACGACGCGCGCGGCGAGGCGCUCACCAUGGACGACUUCUUGUCGAGGAGGUUCACGCCGCGCCAGUUCAACGCCAGCUGGAUCUCAGAUAGCGAACUUUUCUACGACGACGGCACGUCGUCACUAAACCCAGUCAUCUACGAUGUGAACUCCAAGCAGCGAAGGCAGGCCCUGGGCCCGAGUGUCCAUUUAGAUUUGCAGGCAUUCCAGACUGAACUAUCGGCUGAUAGCAAGUACUCUUUAGAAUCCUACUCCUAUCGAUCUCUCUACAGGCAUUCCUACAUCGCUCUGUACAACCUCAUUGACGUAGAAACUGGGGUGAAGACCCCCCUCACCAUCCCGGACCGCCCCGGCCCGGUGUACGCGCAGGUGGUGGUGUGGGCCCCGGUGGGCAGCGCGCUCACCUUCGUCGUGGGGAACGACAUCUACUACCGGUCCGAGGCCACGGCCGCCUCCGUCAGGAUCACCGCCACGGGCGUGCAGGACACCAUCUACAACGGCGUGCCGGACUGGGUGUACGAAGAGGAGGUGCUGUCCGGCAACAAGGCCCUCUGGUUCGCGCCCGACGGCUCGCGCCUGGCCUACGUCACGUACAACGACACGGCGGUGCCUUUCAUGACGCUGCCGUACUACGGCCGCCCCGGCGAGCUGCUGUUCCAGUACACCAGGGCGUACAACAUCCGCUACCCCAAGCCCGGCAAGCCCAACCCGGAGGUGACCCUCACCGUGGUGGACCCCGCCAACCCCAGCGCCAAGGUGGGGGUGCCUCCGCCGAUGCUGCUCAACCAUGGGUCCGACUCGCUUAUCCUGGCCGUGACGCAGUGGGUGCCGGACACGCCGAACCCCCGCCUGCUGACCGUGUGGAUGAACCGCGUGCAGAACCACGCCGUGGUGGAGCUGGUGGACGUGCACGCCUCCCCCGUGGUGCGCGUCGUGGUGGCCGAGCUGUCCGAGCCGGACGGCUGGGUGGACCUGUUCGAGAACGGCGUCACGGCGGAGGGCGCCGGCGGCCAGGGCAGCGUGCUGCUGCCGCUGUCGCACGCCGUCGACGACGACAGCUUCCGCCACAUCGCGCGGUUCGACCCCAACGAGGACCGCACCAAGUACACGCGGACGGACCUGACGACCGGGGCCUUCGUCGUGACCAGCAUCCUGGCCUGGGACAGCGACAACGGCUACGUGUACUUCGUGUCCACGAAGGAGGGCGACCCCGGCCAGUCCCUGGUGCAGCGCGUGCGCGACGACCCCAAGGGCGCGCCGCACGUCCCCGAGUGCCUGUCGUGCAACCUGACCAACUGCAUGUAUGCCACGGCGAGCCUCAGCAAGAAGAACGGCUACGUCGCGCUGACCUGCGCCGGGCCCGACGUCCCCUACACCGCCAUCCUCAGCACCAAGGGCUCGCCGUCGAGGGUCAUGGACUGGGAGCAGAACGAUGCGGUGCGCCACGGCCUGGUCGGCAAGAGACUGCCCACCAAGAAGCGCUUGACGGCCGACCUGCCGCAGGGCUUCAAGGCGGAGGUCAUGCUGUGGCUGCCGCCCGACGCCGACCUCAGCGGCAGCACCAAGUACCCCAUGCUGGUGGACGUGUACGGCGGCCCCAACUCGUUCCGGGUGUCGGAGCGCUUCGCCAUGGACUGGGGCACCUUCCUCAGCGCCAACAAGAGCGUCAUCUACGCGGCCAUCGACGGCCGGGGCUCGGCCAACAAGGGCGACAAGACCGUCUUCUCCAUCAACCGGAGGUUCGGCACCUACGAGGUGGAGGACCAGAUCAACGUGACGAGGCACCUGCAGAACACACUGCCAUAUGUGGAUGCCUCGCGCACAGCCAUUUGGGGGUGGAGCUACGGCGGCUACGCUUCCGCCAUGGCUCUGGCCGAAGACACCAGCAACGUGUUCAAGUGCGGCAUGUCGGUGGCUCCCGUCACUGACUGGAUUUACUACGACUCGAUAUACACCGAAAGAUACAUGGGUUUACCGACAGAAGGGGAUAACCGUGCCGGAUACAGAAGGGCCCAACUGACCAAUAAAGUUGAAAACUUAAGGCAUAAACUGUUUUUGCUCAUCCAUGGCACGCUGGAUGAUAAUGUACAUUACCAGCAGUCGAUGAUCUUGUCCAGGGCUCUGGAGGAAAAUGAUAUUCUCUUCAGACAGCAGACCUACCCAGAUGAGGAACAUGGUAUUGUGCAACUGCAAAAACACCUCUAUCAUACACUGGAGAACUUUUUAGGGGAGUGCUUUGCGGAAUUCUAGUCAGUGUGAAUGAAUGAUUCUGUGUAAAAGUGUACCUGAGUGUACAUAUGUGAUAAAAGUAUAGAUGUACAAACAAUGAAUAAAUGUGAAGAGAUGUU